AUGGUCAGCGGUCUGGUGAUUGUAUUGUGCAGCACGCUGUUCCACCACGGGCUCUACCAGGUCCUUAGGCUGGGGCUAGUUCGGCGUGUCUGCUUACCGCUCGUGAGAUGGCGGACCGGCAGGAAUGACCUGACGUUCUCCGAGGGAGACGUUUUGUACACUGCAGAAUUGUUGGUGUCCUUCACGAAUGGAGUUGUUGGUAGUAUCUGCUCCAUCAUAGUUUUGUGGCAGGCUAGGGAAGAUGUCAUGCUGUCGAGGGCACCCCUCCUUGUACCCUGUACCCACUGGAUAGCGCAGUACAUGCUCUAUGACAACUAUGCCAUGUACAACUCCGCCUACUGCCGUAAGGACAUCAGGAAAUACCCCCAUCUCACCACUCGACUGGCUGUGUUUGCUCGGAAGAAGUGGUCCAUGAUCCUACACCACUUUCUAUUACUGGGGUUUGGAUAUGCACUGGUAGUGUAUCCAUGGAUAAGGAAGAAUAAAGGAGAUUUCAUUAUUGGAGCGUUCUUCCUGCGAGAGGUGUGGAACCCGUUUCAGAACAUGGCACAGAUCUUAAAGCAGUUCCAAAUGCAUGGGACAACUCUCUACUUCCUCAAUGGAGUGUCUCUGGUUGUGGUCCAGCUGGUGGUGAGAGUCCUCAACUGGCCACUCGUCAUCCUCAUCUACACAGCUCAGUACCACAACUGGGACUUUAUCGCCUCUUUCAACAGUCUCUACGCCAUCUGUAUAGUCUCCACUGCCAUGUGGCAAAUCCUCGAGUUCUACUGGUUUUGGAUGAUUGUACAACUAGUCGCAGGUUUCAAAAAUGGCAAGAGCAAGACACAUUAGGAGAUAAUGUAUUACAGCUAUUUUUAAUGCUCACCCAUCGUUUUUAAACGAAAGUUGUGUUCGACAAUAAUUUA